AUGCCACUGCUCCGCGUCAAGGUCGUCUCGGGGAAGAAGCUCCUCGCGGUCGACAAGAAGUUCAUCGGCACCGCGUCGAGCGACCCAUACGUCCGCUUGACGUGUGGCGCCGAGACGUGCAAGACCAAGAUCCAGUCUGGGACCAUCAACCCGUCGUGGCAUGAGGAGUUCCGGUUCGGCGAAGCGGUCUGCCUCGCCGAGGACGCAUGCAUCUCGUUCCGCGUCAAGGACUACAACACGCUCACGCCCAGCGUCGACCUCGGCGGCGCCGAAGUCCACGUCCCGACGCUCACGCCCAACGAAUGGAACAAACUGGUGCUGCCUCUUGAGAAGCAUGCCUCGAUGAAGGGGGAGGCGUCGGGCGAGAUCUCGGUCGAGAUCUUCUACGACCCGACGCAAGGCGCGGAAGGUGCGCCUCCGUCCGACGUCCAGAACAUUUGGUCCGAGACGUCGACGCGCGAGCUCCCGAUUGCGCCGUUGUCGAGCGACAGCGAGGCGUCGCCGCCCACGAGCGCAUCCCCAGCGCCGGCGCCGGCGCCCUGGACGUACAACUUUCUUGCUGUGAGCGUCCUCGAGGGCGCGGGCCUCAAGGCGUGCGACGGCGACGCGCAGGCGGGCACGAGCGACCCGUUCGUGCUCCUUCGCAUUGGCGCAACCAAGCCGUUCAAGACCAAGGUCAUGAAGAAGACGCUCGUGCCGAAAUGGCGCGAAAAGUUCUACUUUCCGCUCGACCCCAAGACCAAGUACGCUAACACAGUCUUCUCGCUGCGCGUCGAAGACGAAGACGUGCUCUCGAACGACUUUAUGGGUCUCCUCGCCAUCGACGUGCGUGAGUGGAUCCAAAAGCACGGCAGUGUGAAGAAGGACAUGUGGUUUGGCCUCGGGCCCGACACCAAGAACCCGGUGCGCGCGAGCCUCGACGAGGAAGACCCGCUCGACUACGGCUUUGGCAAGGUCCACCUCGCGAUCGAGGCGUGCACGCUCGAGUGCGACUACGCGACGCUCGUGCAGGGCGAGGCCGACACGGACGUCUAUGCGUCGGCCGAAGACGACGAAGAGAGCGGCGCGUCCAACGAAGAGGACGCCAAGCUUGCCGAGCGCGAGUCGGCCGAAGAGCGGGCCAAGCGCGACGAAGAAGAGAAAAAGAUGCUGGAAGAGCUCCAGAAAAUCCACUUCAAGUCGGGCGACUAUCAGAUCCAGGUGCGCAUCAUCGAAGUGCGCGACUUGGUGCCGCAGGAUGCGAAUGGGUCGGCGGACCCGGUCGUGUUUGUCGAGUGCAUGGGCCAGGAGCAGCACACGGCCGUCAAGCCCAACCAGCUCUCGUGCGUCUUUGACACGCUUCUCUUUUUCAACCUUAAGAACGUCGACAAGGACGACAUUGAGAGCGCGUCGAUCGAAGUGACCGUCAAGGACGCCGAUGGUCCGUUCUCGUCCGAUAAGAUUGGCUUCUUCCGCAUCGACAUUCCGUACAUUUACUACAUGAAGAACCACGAGAUGUACCGUCAGUGGGUCGCACUCGUCAAGAGCGCUGGCGACAGCGAGCAGGGCGUCCAAGGCUACCUCUUGCUCUCGAUUGCCGUGCUUGGCCCUGGCGACACGAUCCCGAUCCACGACCCCAAGGAGAUCAAGGACGACUCGGAGAUGGUGAUCAUGCCGCCGCGCGUGUCGCAGACGCUGCACUUUCUCGUGGUGACGGUCCACCGUGCCGAAGGACUUCCCAACAUGGACAAAGGAAUCAUGUCGGGCGGCGGUAUCGACGCCUACGUCCGCGUGGCCUUUGCAGGCGAGAAGCCCGUCGAGACGCGCAAGGUGACGACGCGCGGCUCGGACGUCGACUUUCAGCAGGAGCUUUGGUUUCCCGUGCUCUUGCCGUGCAUGUCGAAUCGCAUUGCGAUUAGCGUCUGGGACUGGGACCGUGUCGCCGAUGAGCUCGUCGCGCAUGCGUCGCCGUUCAACUUUAACCAGAUCAAGGACCACCCGACGCUCUUCCAGAACCUUUGGACCAACUUGUACGGGACGCCGGAAGAUUCGACCUUUCUCAAGUUCAACUCGACCGCGAAAGAGUUUAUGGGCAAGCACCCGGAGACCGCGUCGACGUUCCGCGGCCGCCUCUUGCUCUCGUUCCGCGUCGAGUCGGACGUCAAGAACACGCUCGACGUGCCCCACACGCGCAACCUCCUCACCAAGAUGCCGCUGCCGCCGACCAAGACGUACUGCCUCCGCGCGUUGCUGCUGUCCGGUUCGGAGAUCCCGGGCUUUACGAGCAAGGUGCACUGGGGCUCCUUCUCCAAGAUGAGCGUCCGCAUUGCGAUCGGUAGCACGACGCUGUGGUUCAACCGUGUCGCCAACGUCAAGGGCAUGUGCAGCUGGAACCAAUUCAUGCAGGCGCCGAGCCUCGAGCUCCCGUCCGAUUUGCGCCAGUGCCCUGACGUGUUUGUGUACCUCGUGGCUGGUGCGACAGGCGCGGACGCGCGCAACAUUUGCUACGCGCGCUUCAAGGCCGCCGAACUGCUGCUCCCGAGCGACGACGCGGUGCCCAAGGCCAAGUGGAUCAGCCUCAUCGAAGACCAAGUCCUCAACGAGCUCCAGGAUUACCAACACCCAGGCAACCUUCUUUUGCGCCUUGGCCUCGCCGAAACAACGUCCAAGGACGUGCCCGACUCGUGGAAGGAAGUGGUGUCGGCCAAGAUGCCGUCGGCGUCGUACACGCUUCUCGUGCACCUCUUCCAAGGUCGCGGGCUCCCGUCCGCCGACUCGAACGGCCUCCUCGACCCGUACGUGGCGGUCACGUGCAGCGGCAUCGGCAACAAGAGCUCGCGCAAGAACCGGACGCGCGAUCCUGUGUUUUACGAGACCAUGGUGUUUGACGUCAACGUGCCCGACCGCGACCACCAGCCGCGCAUUGCCUUCCAGGUGUACGACUGGGAUCGUUGGGACCCCGAUGACUUUGUCGGCGGUGUCUCGAUCCCGCUCCAAGAUGUGAGCGUCAUCGAAGCGAGCGACUAUGAGGCUGGCUACACCGUGCCCGUGCCCGAGUGGUACCCGCUCGGGCUCCAAACGGCGGGCGACGUCGACGGCGCCCUCCUUAUCUCGUGCAUGCUCGUCGUCAAGGACAUGCCCGACCAAGUGAUCGCGCCACCCGCGUCGAUUCGUCCCAAGAUGCAGGAAAAGUUCCUCGAAAUCAUUUGCGUCGGCAUGCGCCAGCUCACGCCCGCGGGCUUUACGCCGCUGCACAUGCCGUACCUGCAGUUUGAGAUUGGCGAGGUCACGUCGACGAACCGCCCAAAGCUCACGGCGCCGAGCGCCAAGCCGUCGCCGCACGACCCCAACUACCUCGAGCGCAUCGUGAUUCCGAUUUCGGUGCCCGAAGACGCGCGGUACGCGCCGCGCUUGAACCUGAGCGUCUACGACACGCUGCUCGGUGGUUUUGUCAAGCCGCUGCUCGGCACAGCGUCCAUCGACCUCGCGACCAAGCUCCCGUUCUCCAAUGGCCGCCCCAACGAAGCGUACGUGGCGCCCGGUGCGUCCACGCACCAUGUGGUCGGCAACCCGCACGUUGACGGCGAAAUCGUGCCGCGGACGCCGGAAGGCAGCUCGUCGGGUGCCGGCGUCGGAGCCAUCAUGCCGGCGAUGGACGGUAUGGACGAAGACGACGAAGACACGCCGGCGUACCUCAAGCACCGCGAGCUCAUGGCCAGCACGAUCGAGGCGACGCUGGAGACGACGCCGUUCGAGGUCUACAAUGUCUACCGCGGCCAAAAGUUUGGCGUCGCCAAGAGCACGUACCGCGCGGUCGGCAAGUUCAAGGGUCUCAUCCGCAUCCUCAACAGCCGGUCGGACGCGCCGCUCUUCGACCUCGAAGCGCUCCUCAACCCGCAGCCGUACGUGGUGCGCGUCUACGUCCUCGACGCGUUUGCGCUCCAGCCCAAGGACCCGAACGGCAAGUCGGACCCGUAUUUGCGGCUCAAGGUCGGCUCGAAAGAGAUCGUCAACGACCGAACGCACCACCACAACGGGACGCUCGAGCCCAAGUUCCACUCGGUGUACGAGUUCAAAGUCAACCUCCCCGGUGCCUCGACGCUGUCGCUCGAGUGCUGGGACUACGACCUCUUCUCGGUCGGCGGCGACGACUUUAUCGGUGCCACGUGCAUUGACCUCGAAGACCGCUGGUUUGACGACCGGUGGCAAACGCUGGGCAACACGGCCGAGGGGACGUUCAAGCCGAUCGAGACGCGCCAGCUCUACGCGCCGUCCAGUGUCUGCGCGCAGGGCUCGGUGCGGCUCUGGAUGGACAUUCUGACGCCGGCGCAAGCGACCUUGUCGCGGCCCGUCGACAUCAAGUUGCCGCCCAUCGAGCACUUUGAGGUCCGCGUCGUCAUCUACAAGGCAAAGACCGACCUCUUUGUCAAGGCGUGGCUCCAGUCGUACGACAACAAGGCGCAAAAGACCGACAUCCAUUGGCGCGCCAAGGACGGCAAGGCGAGCUUCAACUGGCGCAUGAAGUUUGACAUUGCGCUGCCGAUUGACCCGACCAACGAGCUCGAGAAGGGCCACUUGCAUCUCCAGAUGUGGGACAAGGACGUCUUGUACGACGACUGCCUCUCGGACACGAUUGUCAACCUCUCGGAGCACCUCAAGAAGGCGUACAAGACCAAGGAGAUUGUCAACGUGUACGCCAAGCCCAAGCCGAUCAAGUCCAACCCGCGCCCGAUCAAGAGCCCGACCAACGUCCGCGUCGCGAGUCCCACGGGCACGGUCGCAACCGAUCUCGACGACCUCGAACGCGGUGAAGGCGAGGCCCUCUUGCCGCCGCCACCGCUCUCCAAGGCCGACUCGAAGCGCGGGAGAAAGGACGACAAGAAGGAAGGCGUCGAGAUGAUGGUCAAGGCGCUCAAGACGCGCCUUGGCAUGGGCGAGGACCCCGACGACGCGAGCUGGCUCACGUGCACGACGCGGGACCCACACACGGGCGACCGCGUCGAGGCCGGGAAGCUCCUCCUCGCGAUCGAGAUCAUCCCAAGCACCGAGCCCAACAGCUUCCCGACGCUCGCCGAGCCCGCGGACCGCUUGCAUCUCAAUGCGCUCUUCAACCCGCUGCACUUGCUCGAGUCGCUCAUGGGCCCGAAGGCGUACGCGGCCUGCUCGAGCUUUGUCAUUUGCGCGCUCGUGGUCGCGUUCCUCGUCUUUGCUGGUCCCAUGGUCAACGUCCUCCUCACGCUCCUCAACAUGCUGCCGUCGCCGUACGGCUGGGUCGUCUUUGGCCUCGUCAUGUUCCUCAUCUUCUUUGGCUUUGGCUACUGCUCGUACCGCUGCCGGCGCACGAUGCGCACGUCGUAG